UUGGCAUAGAAACCACGUGCUCCGGUCGGUCGGACUGAGAAGCUUUUUUAGAUCUCAUCACCCCCGAUCUCUCUCAUCAAGUGUCUGUCUCUUCAGGCCCCAACAGAGGACCACGGACAUUGCGGAAAGAUGGCAGAGAACGGCAUGCUGGACUACGGCGAGGCAGAGGAUGAGGGCCGGAUCCAGCCGACGGAUGCUGCCCUGGGCCAGGAGGGCGCGACGUGGGAUCUGAAUCCGCACCUGGCACCUCAGGAAGUCUUUGCAUCCGACGACGAGGAUGAGGAGAUGGAAGACGACUCCGAGCUCACGGAAGAGGAGCGCCUCAGGCGUCGGCAGGAGAGAGAGGCCAGACGUAAAGAAAAAGAGGCAAGAGCGAGAGGCGCAAGAUUCUAUGCAUUGCCCGUCGAGGAGAGCGUCCGGGCUGGCGCGAAUCGGGGCGUCUCGCCGCUCAACGAUGACGAGCUCGAAGGCGGACAGGAGCGCGAGGGUGAUUUAGCACCACCCGAGGUGCCUCGGCCUAUCGGCGGGAUCCUCGAUCUCAGGUAUUCGGUCCUUCACAUGGCAGGCCCGCCCAUCACCCAGUGCUCGACGUCGCGCCUCUUCAGCUAUGUCACGCACUUUGGCGCGCAGCCCUUGGGUCUCGAGUGGGUCAACGAUCAGGCCUGCAACGUCGUCUUUGCCAAUGCCGACGCUGCCAGGCUCGCCAUCGAGUAUCUCUGCCCUGCGACGGCCAUGAAUGCUGCGCCUCUCGUCCCGCUGCCGACGCCAGACGAUCUGCAGAGGGCGCAAGACGCCAAGCUGGAGCACGACCGGGGCAACCAAGUGCCCGACGAGCCGGAUCAGAUGCUGCUCGAGAGCCUCUUGAUCUCGCGAAAAGCCCACCGGUUCCCAGCCAAGCUCUAUACGGGCCCUGAGAGAGACACUGCGAUGGACCUGCGCAGCUAUCGACAUGUCCAGCAAAAGGCCGAGCAGGAAGACGCCAACGAGGAGGAAGAACCAUCAGCUUUGCCUGCAGACGUCCCCGAGAUCUACCGCGAGAUGGAGCGCGAGGACCGGAUGCGCCAGCGGAAACGGCAGCGAGGCUUGUCUGUCCCGACAGCCAAGCUCAAGGACUUUGAGAAGCUCGAGAGCUUGCGCGGCACGCUGUGGAUACGAUGGUGCAUCGAGUCGCUCGAUGUCAAGUCGUCCGGCGCGGCAAGGCAGAGCAAGUGGUACAGAGACCAUGGCCUGGACGCGGGUAGAGACGUCGUGGCGAAGCCGCUCGUCGUUGGUGCGGCCAGUGAGCGGCCGGAGCUGUUCCCUGGCGCGAGGGUCCGGCGCAGCGACGAGGAGGGCAAGCGUGCAGCAAUGGAUGCCGAGCUCGAUGACUUUGGGAGGCAACGGCAGCAGCGCCGUGACCGGCUCGACCCGCUGGACGAGGUCGAGGAGGAAGUUAGCGGGAGGAUGCAGUGGUCACGGGACCGCUCGAGGAGCCUGUCGCCCGAUGCAAGGAGGCGGGCCAGGCGAGAUGACCGGGGCGACGGCACCAGCGGCAGCGUGAGGGUGAGGGGAAGAGGCGCAAUGAGGGCACCCAGGACGAGUGGAUGGGGAAAUGAUGAGGACGACGACGCGUUCCAUUACGCCUUUGUCGAAAGGGGCGAGGAGCCGGUGGGCAGUCAGGGCGACUUGGGCGGGAGGAUGAUGUCGGACCGGUUGGACAACUCUUAUUACGGCGGUGGCGGUGGGGAUCGGAAUGGAGGCGGAGGAGGAGGAGGAGGAGGGAGGCGAAGGCGUCGAGGCCGGGGAGGUGGUGGAGAGCGGCGCUACCAGGACGAUUAUUACGGAGACAGGGAAGAACGAUCGUUGAAGGAUCGCAUUCAGCCAGACGAUCGUUCCUUGGCCUCGAGACUAAGCUGAAUGGCAUACUAGGCGUGCCUUCUUUUUUCUUUUGCGUUUGCUUUCAUCUCAUAAGGACUCGUCAGUGUUACCCUCUUUGGUCGCCGUUGCCACAAGUCGACGUCGUACUACCACAAAUCACCAGUCAAUGAACAUUCUCCCUUGCAGA